CCGACCACGGUAGACUGGGUGUUGUUGUUUCAGAGCGGUACUUAAACCGUGGGUCAAAAACAAUCGAACUGUGUAAACUCUAUUGAUUCGGGCGUGCGUGCGUGCGUGAGUGAGUCAGCAUAUGCCCGAGCUAGUUAGUGAAGGAGUCUGGCACAAUUCACUGCCGAAGUAGUCUACAACAGAAAAAAAAUCUUGCUCCUGGCUUUGGAUGGCUGCCGAUAAUUUAGGAAGGCACCAUUUUUCGCACUGUAGAGUUUCAGAUUCAAAUUGGAUGUACAAAGUAUGAAAAAACAUUUUGUUUGUGGACAAAGUGGAACAUUACUAAAAAUGGUGUGUAAAGAAUGGCACUUGAAUACUAUGAUACUUCUUUCUGCUUUACGUGUAUUGGAGACGUCGUAAUUAGCUGACCGUUUUGGAACUUGUUUUUAGGGAAUCGCUUAACUACCAAAGAAAAGUAAGCUGGUGCAAAUCCUUGCCUGUGGACUCAAGGCCAUCCAAGCUGAUGUGAUUAUCUGGCGAAUGGAAAACCAUGGUGCUGGUCAAAGUAACUGACUGACAGUCCAAGAUGAGAGGAUGGAUGACAUGAACAGCAUGAUCUCCGACCUCAAAGAUGCCAAUGGCUUUGCGAACAGAGUGUUCGAUGCAUCCUCUGAGGUGGAGAAGGAGACCAGGAUCAUGCGGAUCCCGGACCCUGUGGAAGGGGGCGGCCCCGGCCUGCGUCUCCCCAGGGAGAAGGUGGACUUCACCCGACGGUCAAAGAAAACGGGAAUCUGGAGAAUCCUCAACAGGAGGAAACCGCCUUCUGGGUGCGAGAGACGGCCACAUUCUUUGAUUCUGCCAGGCGAGGCCUCUGUGCCGAAACUAUCCUUUAUGGGCAAAGUGAGGUCUCUUAAGAAGUUGAAGUCCCCUUCUGUCUUCAAAGGGAAACUGGCAAAACUCUCCGGUGCUAAGCCAAGCAAUUCCCUUGAGGAGGGUCCUGAGGAAGAGCCUUUCUGCAGGGUUGAAUCUGCCCACAUUUACAUGCAACAAAACCUGCUCAAGAACAGAGUGAAGAGGCAUUCUUAUGCUGGAUGCACCAAAGAUUUUGACUACACCUUUGAGGAAAUAGAUUCUAUAAGUACCUUGGACAAUGUGCCCAGAGACUUGUCAAGCAAACAAAAUGGCUGCAAAUCGCAGGAAAGCUUGUCAUACACACAGAAGGACCACUCCAACUUUUCAAACUGUAAUAACUUGAGUGGACAUGAGGAACACUACCUCAGGGACUGUCCAAAGACCCCGCACAGUGGGAGAAAGUCCAAAGGGGCGGACAUGUGGAGUUACCUAAGAAAAAUCUCAUUUAUGGGAAAAGGAAGUUCCCAAAAUUUGGAGAAGAGUUCCGACUCAGAUUUUCACACAUUUGACAAAACAAUUGACUCAGACUGUGCCUCUGCUGACUUUGAAUGUGUCAAAGAUUAUACCCCCACUUCGAAACCAACUGUCACGGAUAAUAAAGGCGGCCAUUUUGGAGGCAUUUUUCGAUUUUUCAGCAACGUGGCCGAAACAGCCAGAAAGUGGAGAAACUCCUCCCGGUCUUUCUCCCCACCCGAAGGAGAGCAUUCUCCUUUGGGCUCUCCUAGAUCUGAGAGGUCGGGUGUUUUUGCUCACAGCAUAUCUUUAAACUCCGAGAACGCAGGCAAAACCGGGUCUCCCAUCCCACUGUCUCUGGUGUCCUCAGAUUCAGGCUUGUGUGAGGCUCUUUCACCCACCAGUCUAAUGGGAGUCAGCUCUCCUCGUGUAGUUCUGAAAUCAUGGAAAUCUUGUCCAGAACCACCCAGCCCCAAUGGUGAACUUAACAGGUGUCCAUCUACUGGAACAGAAUUUUCAACAUUUUCACCUCACGAUUCUGUGGCCUCCAUAGAGAAUGACAUUGGGCAUGAAAACUCAGAGAGCAGAGGUUUUCAAGAGAUAGGAACUCAGGAGGAUAUUUGCCCUCCUGAGGAAGUGUGUGAUUUAGGAAAUGACGUGGACUCUGGCUCAGUUUCCUCUGAGCAGAAACAAGAUGAUGGUGGGAAAAGAAGUGUGGAAAUUGAAGCAACUCAAUUGCAAAAAGACACAAAUUCUCAUAGUUUUGAGACGGCACUGAAGCCUCUCUCCCGCCCCCCGGACGUCUCCCCACGGGACCCUCUUUUGAAAGCUGCUCUCCAGCGCUGCUGUUCCCUCCCGCUGCCCCAGAUCAGCCCCUCUGGAGCGGACCACACAAGCUGGAGACGCUUGCUGACGGCUGAGGCCCCUCUCCGGUCAGACGUGGUUCGGCUUCGUGACAGCCGCGCGAGCGCCAGUGGGAGAAGACUAAUGAGACCUGCGUCUGAAGAGCUGCACAUCAACAUCUUGAUCAGCGGAGGCUCAAUUGUAAAUGCAGAGGCAGUAUGGGAUCACGUAACCAUGGCCGACCGGGAGUUGGCAUUUAAGGCAGGAGACGUCAUCAAGGUCCUUGAUGCCUCCAACAAGGACUGGUGGUGGGGGCAAAUAGACGACGAAGAGGGAUGGUUCCCGGCCAGUUUUGUGAGGGUCGAACCCAACCCUCCUCAACCUCAAACAAAACAAGUUUUCUAUAUCAACCCUAUAGCAGCUCCAAGGUUCCAAAACACAACUUCCAAGCUAUGGGUGAACCAGGAGGACGGCGCCGUGGAGGCAGUGGAGGGGACCAGCGAGGUCCAGAACGGCCACCUGGACCCCAGCAGCGACUGCCUGUGUCUGGGCCGGCCGCUGCAGAACCGGGACCAGAUGAGGGCCAACGUGAUCAAUGAGAUCAUGAGCACGGAGCGCCACUACAUCAAGCACCUGAAGGAUAUAUGUGAUGGAUACUUGAAGCAAUGCAAAAAAAGAAGAGACAUGUUCAAUGAUGAUCAAUUGAAGGUCAUAUUUGGAAAUAUAGAAGACAUCUACAGAUUUCAGAUGGGAUUUGUUCGAGACCUUGAAAAGCAGUACAACACCGAGGAACCUCAUCUUAGUGAAAUUGGGCCUUGCUUCCUAGAACAUCAAGAUGGCUUCUGGAUCUACUCGGAGUACUGCAACAACCACCUGGACGCCUGCAUGGAGCUGUCCAAGCUGAUGAAGGACGGGCGCUACCAGCACUUCUUCGAGGCCUGCCGGCUCCUGCAGCAGAUGAUCGACAUCGCCAUCGACGGCUUCCUGCUGACGCCCGUGCAGAAGAUCUGCAAGUACCCGCUGCAGCUGGCCGAACUGCUCAAGUACACUGUCCAGGAGCACAGUGACUACCGCUACGUUGCUGCGGCCCUGGCGGUCAUGAGAAACGUCACCCAGCAGAUCAACGAGCGCAAGAGGCGACUGGAGAACAUCGAUAAAAUUGCACAGUGGCAGGCGUCUGUCCUGGACUGGGAGGGGGAUGACAUUUUGGACAGGAGCUCCGAGUUAGUUUACACCGGGGAGAUGUCCUGGAUUUACCAGCCCUAUGGGAGAAGCCAGCAGAGGGUUUUCUUUCUGUUUGAUCAUCAGAUGGUCCUGUGUAAAAAGGACUUGAUACGCAGGGACAUCCUGUACUACAAAGGCCGCAUCGACAUGGAUCGGUAUGUGGUGAUCAACGCUGAUGACGGCAGGGACGACGACUUCAACGUCAGCGUCAAGAACGCCUUCAAGCUGCAUAACAAGGACAUGGAGGAGAUCCACCUCUUCCUCGCCAAGAAGCUGGAGGAAAAGAUUCGGUGGCUCCGGGCUUUUCACGAAGAGCGGAAAAUGGUGCAAGAAGAUGAAAAAAUAGGGUUUGAAAUUUCUGAAUAUCAGAAGCGGCAAGCUGCCAUGACCGUGCGAAAGGUGACUAAACAGAAAGGUGUAGGCCAGAACAGAUACGUGCCCCCCUCAUACCCCCCUCCCCUGGACCCCAUGAACCCAGGACAGUACAUGGUAGCCGAGAGCAUGGCACAAUCAGAGGUUUUUGAAUUUAGCGAACCCCGAAGGAGCCAGUCUCCCUUCUGGCAAAACUUCAGCAGGUUAACACCGUUUAAAAAGUAGGGAAGAGUGUACCUUUUUAGAUGGACCACUUUAUUUUUUUUUAGAAGCAGUCUACUAGCGAUAAAUUAAAAUUAACAACGACUCAUCAGAGAGGAAGAAAGGACCAAAGCCGUUUGGAUUGCUACCGAUUUAUAAACAUCCGACUGACUGACGACUGUAUGACUAACAUUACGUCUGCUGUUACCUGUAUUACUACCUGUAAUCUACUCCUGCCACCACCACCACCACCACCACAGUAAAGGACCCUUCAAGUCUGAUAUAUCCGUAGACCAAAACACUCACAUUUCUCGUACUCUGUGAAAUUGUUUCAUUUCUCAUGAACUUUACCCUUCGGACCAUGGAAAAGAAAACACUAAGAAUCGUUUUUCCUCGGAGAGAACUUGGUGACACAAAAAUGUCAAACUGACUAUGUAAAAAAAAAAAAAGCACUAAUAUUUAAAUAGUUGUGCCAUUCUGGGUGUUCCUCCCUGUAGUGCACUGUGACAUCGGUGCCAUUUUCUGCUGCUUAUAUUGUUUCCCCUGUCAGUUUUUUUGGGGGGUUUUUUUUUUUGGGGGGGGGGGAGGAGGGUGAGAGUAUUACCCAUAUCAAAGCCUGUUUCUGGCUAAUCAAAGCGAAAGUUGAGACCCAUAUUUCUGUUUGCGUGCAUUUUUCGAAUCUCCAGUGUUCCCCUGAUUGCUGCAUGGAGAGGUCUGUUCAUCUGCAGGUCUUUUAUGUGCAAUGCUGUUCUUACGGGUCAAGGAGGGGG